ACAUCCUCAAGUCAACCACAAUGACUACACAAUCAGUUGCUCCUCCUGUCCUUUCCACCCCCGAGACACAUAUCUUCGAAGAUCCUACGCCUGUUGCGAAUACGCAAAAUGAACCGCGACUCUCCUAUGACGAAGUAUUCGACAUCUACGAGGUUGCGAGGACGGCGAGGGAGAUACACACCGGCGGAUGGCGCAAGGUAGCAUUGCAAUUCCCCGAUGACAUGCUGCGGGAUAGUCCUGUAGUCUUCGAGGCUCUGGAACAAGAAUUAAAAAAGUUAUCUUCAGGGGGUACAAAAGUCAGGGUAGAGGAGAAGCUGGAGCAAAAUCUAACCAACCUCACGUCGGCGGAUGCGCAAUCCCUCGAUCGAAGUCAGGAACGGCAUAGACUGUAUGUUUUGGCAGAUACGUCUUACGGUGCUUGCUGUGUCGAUGAGAUAGCAGCAGAGCAUGUGGAUGCGGAGGUGGUGGUGCACUAUGGGAGGAGCUGUCUGAGUCCCACUGCCCGGUUACCCGUUAUUUAUGUCUUCACUUCUCGGACACUGGACCUCGAUCCUGUUGUUUCCGUAUUCGAAAACACAUACCCUGAGAAGCAGGAGAAGGUCAUAUUAGUUGCAGAUAUCAUGUACCACAACCAUAUUGAACCAGUCGCCAAGAGGCUGCAGGAGGCGGGAUACAAGAACAUCCUCGCGCCGGACAUCGUCCAUGAUCCUUCGUCCCUUAUCCCGAAUAGGAAGAUCGAUAUAGGCGAGGCAGAAAUGAAGGAUUACUCGUUAUUUCACAUCUCAGAGCCCCUGCCGGCUUUACUCCUCACUCUCUCCUCGCGUGUUAGAGAUUUCAACAUCUAUCCUACAACCCCUUCUUCGUCCCCGCAAAAAGCUCUCCAAUCCAAUACAGCAAUGUCUCUACGCCGUAGAUACGCACUCCUAACCUCGCUCUCUACCUGCUCUAUCUUCGGGAUCCUAAUCAACACACUCUCAGUCAAGAACUACCUACAAACCGUCACGGACAUCAAGGAGAUGAUAGAGAGAGCGGGGAAGAAGAGCUACACUUUCGUAGUGGGCAAGGUCAACGCGGCGAAAAUUGCUAAUUUCUCUGAGAUCGGCGGGUGGGUGGUCAUCGGCUGCUGGGAGAGCUCGUUAAUUGAGAGCACCGAGUUUUAUCGGCCGAUUAUCACGCCCUUUGAGCUGGGGCUCUGUCUGCUGCCGGAUGAGAAGAGAGUGUGGAGUGGGGAGUGGAAGGGGGAUUUCAAUUCGUUGGAUGCUGUGAGUUUGGAGGGUAGAGAAACGGAGAACGGGGCGGUUGGGGACGUCGAGGAACAGAAGGAAACAGGGGAAGAUCUGGAUAGCGAGGAGGAAUCCGCGCCCCCGGAAUUUGAUCUGCGGACGGGACGAUAUGUCAGCCAUUCACGCCCGAUGCGUGAUUCCCCCUCAGCCCUGUCAGCGGCGGCGAACAAAGAAGGCGAGGGAAGCAGCGCGGCAUCAAAGGUAUUGACGCGGAGAGCGAAAGGCGAUCUAGCUCUUGUCAACGGGGCAGUGAGUCCCGGGGCACAGUAUCUGAACACCCAGCGGACUUGGAUGGGUUUAGGGAGUGACUUUCAUGAGACCGAGGGCAGCGCGGCGGUGGAGGAGGGGAGGAGCGGCGUUGCGAGGGGGUAUAGAGUUGGUGAGGCAGGGGAGGGUGAAAAGAGGUAGCGCAAAUGAAAUGAUACCCUCCUAUUCUAUGUGCGUAGUGUACAUGAUUGCUAUCAGAUGUCUCGACUCGAAGCCACCGAGGAGUCUUAUAUGGCCACACCAGGAUCUCUCGGCCUGGUCACUCAGGAACCUCCCCAGGAAAUAUAUUUUGAAAGCUGGGC